AUGCCGAUUGAAGACAUGUACAAUCGAGAUCUCUCGCAGUCGGUAUUCCUUGGAGGAAUUGCUUGUCUUUCAUUCACUGGGAACUUUGUCUUCGUAGUUCUGAUCAUCACCAACAGAGCGCUGCUCAAGAAUGCCUACAAUACCAUGGUACUUAGUUUAGCGUUCACAGAUAUGCUCACAGGAAUAAUAAUUAUCAUGAUACCAUCAUAUGUCAUUAGGGAACAUUACAUCCUACCAUCCCCAGGACCAGGUGCAACUAUCUUCUGUUACGUUAUCCAGAACCAAUUCAUGGCCUUCACAUUAGGAAUGGUUUCCCUCUACACUGUCACCUUGCUAGGGAUCGAACGAUGGUUUGCAGUUUUCCGACCCCUGCAGUACAGAAAAACGUUCCAUUCUUCUAAAGUUCGGAUAUAUUUAUCUGUAGUCUGGUGUCUGUCCUUCGCAGCCAAUAGCACGCACCUCAUUGAGACCAAAUACGAGAAGCCCUUGAACGAUUCGGGUCCACCCAGCUGCACCUUUUCGUCAUGGGCAUCGGAAAUGACUCGGGAAUUCAUCGGAAUUGUGGAAUUUGUGAUCAAAUUUGUUUGCCCGGUUUUGACAAUGUUUGUGACAUACACCUAUCUGUACAUAUUUAUAAAGAAAUCAGCUUCGUGUAUCGUCAGCAAUCGAAGUCAAAUAGCGUUACGUCGGAUCACAGUAAUGGCGGCGGUCACCGCUGUUGUCAUGAUCAUCUGCUGGUUACCAAACCAAGUCUACUAUUUAUGCUACAAAUUCAACGUCGUCAAACUCAACACAGACUGGCACAAAUUUACGGUCAUUCUCUGCAUGUUUAACUCGUGUGUCAACCCUUGUAUUUUUUUACUUAGCAACAAAGUAUACCGACACAAGCUGAGGUCUAUGGUAUGUCAAUUUGCGCAAUGGACAGGUUGUUUUUGGCAUGGAAACGAGAAAGCUAACAUCCCGCCUGGUAUCAACGUUCCUGUUGUUAUCUGCACAAAGUACGUCAAGCUCAAGGACGAUGGACGUGAACCUCCUGCUAUUGAUUACGUCAUCAAAUUAUCAAGCAGUGAUUUGCGCAUGCGCGUGGGAGAUGAAAACUCGGCAGGGAGAUUUAGUCAUUUGAAUUCGCAGUUGAAUUUUCAUUCAUUAUAAAUUACGUUGGAUAAUUCAUGAAUUUUGAAAUAUUUUAGUCUUUUGUGCGUGAUGGAUUGUAAUAGAGCGCAUGUAAUAGUGCAGUUUUCGUAUGACUGUGAAAAGUUCACGGCACGAACACGGUCGUGACACAGGAAGGGAUACGCCAGACAAAUCACAUUGCACAAGAAUUUACUCUCCAUCCAAUCAAAUAUCCGGAA